AUGUCGAAUCAACCAGAGAGGCCAUGGACUGAGGAGGAGAAGUACACUCUGCUUACGGAGAUUCUGAAGAAGGCCCGAGUGCCUUCGAGCCAUCUUGUCAGAAUGAUUAGGGAUUUCAACAUUACCCCAAGCUGGGCGGAUAUACCCCUUCCUCCAGGUCGCUCCCUCAAUUCCUGUCAAAUAGCGUUCUGUAACAUGCUGCAACAUGUUCAACUAUCCGUCACUCACAGCCUCGGCUCGAUUCCCCCGCAACCCCAUGAACCCUCCGUACCAGCAACCGUUCCCUCAGAAAGCAGUAGCGUCUUGCGCAAGAGGCCCCUAAUUCCUUCUGACAGGGCAAUUCGUGCCCCGCGUGCGAUACAACCACGCCCUGCGACGAGCACCGCUUCUUACAGUAGCGAAAGUGGAGCUUCGGCCCUCUUGUCCCCAAGUUCGGAGAGCGUCACUGCCAGAGGAGAGCCUCCACGGAAGCGUGGACGGCCUAGUAAGGCCGAAUCGGAACGGCGCAAGGCAGCUGCUGAGGCUCGUGGAGAAACGUAUCCACCCCCACGGCGGUCUGGAUCUCACAAGCUGAAAGUUUCGUCUACGCCCACUAGUCCCUCCGGAGUCGCACCAGGGUUGCCGUCAUUUUCGCCCCAGGCCAGCAGCAGUCGCCCGCCGGAAUUACCACGACAUGAAAUGCACUACGUUCCUCCGCCGGGGAGACCAAUUCCAUUGAUGGGACCGAGUAGCGACGAGCGGCCAAGGGAUAUGCCGAAUCAAGACAUAGGCUCUUCGAUGCGAGAGCUACCGCGUCCGGAUUUGAGACAGACUUUGCCAUCACCCGGAACCCUACAUUUAGGUCAUAGAGAUACACCACUCAUACGACGGGAACCGGGGGUGCCUUUUGAGCCUCUCCCACCGGACAGACAUCCUUUCUCACAAAGCAACCGGAGGAGUCUCAUACAUCCUACUAGCAGAUAUCCAGAUGAACCGCCCACACCAGCCUCCGAUCUACCCAUAUCCAAACCACCAGAGAAUAGGCCGGAAUGA